UGUUGCAUUGUGGGGCCGAUGAUUGACGGCGGCGGCAGCGGCGGCGGCCAUUUUCCCGCUGGACGCUGCUUCCCAUUGUGGAUACGAAGAAGAAAAUAGAAAGAAGCCGAAACAUUUGUCGCGACUUGUUCUCACUUUGCCCCCUUUGGUGAUCUUUACUCGUCAUGGCUCGUACCAAGCAGACUGCUCGUAAGUCCACUGGAGGCAAAGCCCCACGUAAGCAGCUGGCCACAAAGGCUGCGCGUAAGAGCGCCCCAUCGACUGGUGGCGUGAAGAAGCCCCAUCGCUACAGGCCCGGUACUGUGGCUCUGCGUGAGAUCCGUCGUUACCAGAAGUCCACUGAGCUGCUGAUCCGCAAGCUGCCCUUCCAGCGCCUGGUGAGGGAGAUCGCCCAAGACUUCAAGACUGACUUGCGUUUCCAAAGCGCAGCCAUCGGAGCUCUGCAGGAGGCCAGCGAGGCCUACCUGGUGGGCCUGUUCGAGGACACCAACCUGUGCGCCAUCCACGCCAAGCGUGUCACCAUCAUGCCCAAAGACAUCCAGCUGGCACGUCGUAUCCGCGGGGAGCGCGCUUAGAUGCGCCCUCCUCCUCUUGCUCUUUAACCUUUUCACCUCCUCCCGCCCGCCCGCCCUCCCUUCACCAGUCUGUCUCUCCGUCCCUCUGACCGAACCCCCCUUCUUUCCCCUUGUUAGUAGUGUGUAGAAGAAAGCUGAUUAUAUUAUGAAUAAAUAAAGUGUAUAGUCGUGUUUUUUCUUAGUGCUCUCAGCAGCAGACUUUUAGGGUACUCUCUUUUUGUGCAUGUACCAACUUUUUGGUGAUGCGGGCUCCUCAAGCACACGUCUCUUAGUUUUAAGCUGUUUCUAGUCUGACCUUGUGAGGUGAAGGAAAAAAAAAGGUUGGGACUAGAACAUUGCAAAUGGGGACAGACGGGAGAGGAGGGUGGGUAUUGUCUGCUGAGGGACUCGGGUCUCUUUUCUGCAGCAGGGUGCUAGAAGAACUUACCUCGUCUUCCUCUCCUGCCUCCUCUCCUCCAGCCUCCACAUGUAGACAUGUGCAGAAGCGAGAGCGUACGGAGGCUGAAGGACGGACUUUCUGUCCUCACACGUGUCCGCAUGAGCGCCGGCUCUCAUCACCACAGCAAAUUGAAUACAAUCCAUCGGCAUCCUUAGAGAAAUUGAUUGAUGAUUACCAUAUUAAUCAUUGCUUUCAUUUGUCUUGUGAGGUUUCUUUUUUUUCUUCUUUUUUUUCCUUCCAAAGUUUCACGCACAGGACUUUUUCCCCACUUCAAACUGUGGUUGACAUGGAGAUGGGGGGGAUAAAAUCAGAUUAAAACACUUGCGGAGAACAGAAAUAAUUUUGUUUUUCUACUGAAAUGUGAUGCUGCUGACUCGUUUUGGCACCAAAGUUUGAUCCUGCGUCAAUGCUCUUUUACUAACUGACAAGCGUUUUAAUCCUCACCUGUUUUUGUGGUGUUCAAAUUGGUUUCAUCUAAUUAUUAAAAAGCCAAAGCUUGGGAGCUCAUUGAUGGUGUCAGAUAAUUUUUUAAGCAGUGGCUCAUUUAAAAAAAGAAAAAAAAUGACCUUUUUAUAACAAAAGGUUCAUCAAAGUUUGUGAUGUUCUCUAAAACCAAAAGUUCUCAAAAGUGUGGAAAUUAUUUUUUAAAAAGACAAAAUAACUGAUUAUAAUAUAUUGUGAAUCAGUGUCACAUGAUAACCGUCUGUAUGAGUCCCCCCUUUGCUUCGAUUUUAUUUUCCUUCCAGAUCAGUUGAUCAUCUGUAUACCGUUUCUCAGGUUGUCACCCUUUUAACUUAAUUUUAGUUUUUUUUUCAAUUUGAUUUUUUUUCCUUUUCUUUUUUUUUCUUUUUUUGAAAUAUUGAGGAAGAUGUUUCAAUUAAAUAAUGUUUGUAAUUUCCAGAUUUGUCAUAUAAGGUGGUAAUAAAUGGAUGUUACACACUCA